AGCAGGUAUACGGCAGAGAUCUCAGACAAGGACACCAUUUCGGAUUUGGCGAAGCAAGUUGCGAGCGAGGAGGGCGUGAAGAGACAUCAAGUCGUGCUAUGGAAGCCAAAGAUAAAUGUGAAGACUGGUGCCGAGCUACAGUAUCAGCUGCAGGAGCACAAUAACGACCUCGCAGAGUUCUGUGAGAACGCAACGGACAUGGACAUCGAAUUUACAGUAUACGAGCUUCUAAGGGCCACCAAGAGCACUUGGAGUACAUCUCGCACGACCCUCGUUGUCGAGAUUCGUCCUCUGACAGCAGCGAAGAGCGCGACAGACAGAGAGGACGAGGAUGAUGUCCUUUCAGAGCUAAAGAAGGAUUACAAACGCACUAUCGAUGCUGCACGCAAGAGAAAGUCACCAUCAGUAACCACAAAGUCAACGAACUACAGUGACCUGCAGCGAGAAGCUCCCGUUCUUGACGGUCGUUAUCCUGCUGGUUAUGGCCCAACUGCGGCCCCCCCAGUCGAACUCUACCAUCCUGUAUUUGCACGAUUUCUCGCAAAUGCCAGCAAGGCCGACCUUGAUGUGCCGGACGACGUCGUACGGCAGACAGCCAGAAUCAUGGAGGCUGCUUCACUUAUCGUCACACACGAAGCCUACUGUGAACGUAGCAUACGCCGCCUUCUUGCCGACCUUUUGGGCUAUGGGGUCAACCAGAUUGCGAACCAUCAUAAGACUUCAGUGAAUCACAUAGCAGCUAUCUCUCGAGACAAGCAACCCGCUGAACUAGCCGCCUUGGUCAUCGCGGAGGAGAAAUCUGAACUGGGAUGGUUGGGUGAUCCAUCUGUGGAAGGUCCUCUGUCAUAUCUGGCAUUCUGGUCUGAUUCAAGCCGCGACCGACUUCGCGACCUGAGCUGCUGCCCCUCGUUCGUCGUUGGCAUCGCUGGGCCUUGGCUCGUCAUUCUAGGCUGCGUGUGUACGUCUAGCGUCAUCGCCCAGAGACUCACGGACUACAUGUGGAUUGGCAACAGUCGUGUCAUUGACGAUGCGAUUCCUUUACGCCUUGCUCGACGAUUCUACGCCCUUCGCCUUGCCGUUAACGAGCUCCGGGAUUACUAUAUUGCUCUGUCUAUCGACAUAGACAGGAGCCUUCGCUUCUUUCCGUCUGUGAUGUCUUACACGAAGAACAAUGCGACCUUCAAUUUCCGAUACGUGAAGCCACUCGAGUCCGACAAGGGGUGCGUGACGUUCCUUGCCGAUCAGCUUCCACUGGCCCGCGACACAGAAGGAGGGGCCCCGGUGAACGAAGAGGAGCAGCAGGAACACAGCCAAAGCCUGGGACGGGAUGAGGACGAUUUCAAGGACGAUGACAAUGACGAGAGCGAGGACGGAAGACGGGUAGUCGUCAAGUUCGUGGAGCGAUAUGGCAGGGAAGCGCACAGGGUCCUAGCCUCACACGGACUGGCGCCAAAACUCUUCUUCUACGGCCCGAUCUCAAAGGAUUCCACAUUAUGUUAUGGCGACCGUCGCUUGGUGGUGAUGGAGUAUAUCGAGGGCGAGUCCCUGUACGAUGCAUAUGUUCGAAAGGGAAAGCCCGUGCCCAAGAAGGUGCGCGAAAGGAUCCACGAUACCAUCAAGAUCCUUCAAGGACAGGAAGUGCCUCUUGUCCAUGGCGAUAUUCGGGAGACGAACAUCAUAAUCGAGAACCGUCCAGGCAGACCGGAGGACCGUCUGAAGAUCAUCGACUUCGACUGGGCAGGAGAGGAAAAUGUGGUAAGAUAUCCGCUGCAUCUUGCGAUCGCUGGGCGACCCGACGGCGUCGAGGACUAUGGGCUUAUCAAGUGCGAACAUGAUACGAAGAUGGUGGAGAAGCUGUAGUUGAUGAUGAAGCUUGCGGUGCGCGCUGUGUUUGUCCUGGUCUGUGAUUUCGCAAUCAGGGCUUGCAUGUUUUUGUUGUUGUUGUUGAAUUUAUCCUCGUGAAGGAAGUUUCUUCUCUGUUUAUUAUUAUUUUACUUACC